UAAAUAAAAAAUAAAAAUAUGAUUUGCCUAUUUUAUUAGACUCGUUAAAUUGUGUAGACAAUCAAUAUGAAGUUGUUUCCAUGUAUUUUAAAUGUGGCGCUAGUCGCUAACCACCAAUCAGAACAUACACCUCAUUUUAGCCAAUCAGCAACAGUGAUUGAGGCACCGACGUUUGCUUGUGGCUGUAACACAUCUGACAAUCGCUAUCCUUUAUUUGUUGUCCAGUUUCGAAAUCAUUUUUAGAUUUUUACCGUGUUGCUUCCCUGGGAAGGACAAGGGUUCCGACAACAAAGGGACUUCCCCAAUCGACUUUGUGUGAACUACAGGUUGGUGUACUUUAAAAACCCCUGGAACUUUAUAAGCAGUGGAAAGUUCAAGUGUCGUUUUCUCUUUUGGUUAUGUUAUUGUGUUAAUUACAAAAAAAUGGAAGAGCCGAUUGGGGCCCAAUACGCCGUCCAUGUGGCUUUACAAACCCUAAAGGAGCGUUGUAAGAACUUGCAAGAAAUGGUGAUUACCCUGGAGGAGGAAAACCUACAUUUAAGAGGUCAGCUGAGUCAAAGUGGACCGAACAGUGUUUCAGUGUCUGAUUUGGAUAAGUUAAAAGCGCAAGUAGCCGAACUUACCGAAAAUAAACUGCAACUUUUAAAUAAAGUCAAGAUGGUCACAAGUGAGAACCAAGAAUUGUGGAGUAAACUAAGUAGGUUAAGUCACGUUAAUCACAAUCUGGGGACGCAACUUAGCAAAAUUAACGACUCGCUAGUGCAAUAUACCACAAAGAAGAAGGAAACGCACUCGCCUUUAAUUAGAUCAAAGACUUUUACUCAAGACGAACCUCACACGAAAGUUCUACAAAAGAACAUCGAAGAAAACGGGAAGAUUUGUGCUGAACUGGAGGAAAUUUCUCUGAAGAUAAUUAAUAGUUUUGCUCAAGAGAAGAGUGAACUGGAUUCAUUAUAUUCAGAGAUACAUGAUAUACAAUGGGGUGAAAAUAUCAUAACAGACUCUUGUGGAUUUUAUUAUGAAGACUAUGAUAAUAAUAUUAUAGACAACUUCAAUUCUGUAUUAGAGGAACUAAAAACCACAAAAGAGACUGUAGUUAGCCAGAAAGCUGCCCUGCAAAUUAUUUUAAAGAAGUUACAUAAAUUACAAGAAAUCAGGAAAAAGAAAGUCUGUGAUACUAGAAUGUCUAAGAAAGUGGAAGUUGUAGAUAAGGGGACAUCAACAGUACCUUUAUCUGAAAAUAAAGAAUCUCCCAUUAAAAGCAUACCUAAUCAAGUUCUUCCAGAAACAAAUAUCGAUGAGCCUCCUGAAGCAAUGGAUAUGAUUUGUCCAGUAUGUUGUAAGAAUUUUAGUAGUAAUGUAAAUUUUAAAGUGUUUCAGGAUCAUGUAGAGAAACAUUUUACUGAGGAAACAUUUGAAUUGUUGUGAUAAUGAUAUUAUUGAGUAGUCCACUAUAUCUUUUGUUCUUUAUUUUUAUAGCAUUAUGGUAUUUCUUUUUAUUUAAAUUAGACAAUGUAACUGAUUUAUA